UGUUACCGUCGCUUGACCAAGGUUCUCUUUGACGGUGGCACCCACAAGGAUUCCCCGAGGUUGUCAAGUCGACUUCGAGAGUGGCACACUACUCUGUUAGUCAGUGGUCCAGUCGUUUACCGUCGAGUAAAGUUUAAAUUGUGAGGGUGAUUGUAACGGUCGGAAUUUAUAUUUUUCGGAUAUUCCGAAUUGUUUUUAAAUUUUAUUGUUUUUAAAUUUAACAUACUUGUCUUUGAUUCCUAAAUUAUUAAAUAGAGAACCAAAAACUAAGAUUUGACUAUUAGCAGUUACCGAAGAAUCUAUACAAUAUGCCUGGUAUUAUUGAGUGGUAUCGCGAUCUCAUGCAAAAUAAAAUUGAUCACAGAACUAGUGAUUGGUUUCUUGUUACCGGACCAGGACCGUUAUUGAUGAUUGUUGUAACUUAUGUUUACUUUAGCACAUCAGCCGGUCCAAGAUAUAUGAGAGAUAAAAAACCAUACUCUCUAAAAAAUAUAUUAAUCGUUUAUAAUUUUAUCCAAGUGAUUCUAAGCUGUGUAUUAGUCCAUGAAGGCCUAGUAAAUGGUUGGUGGAACGACUAUGGUUUUGGCUGCCAAUCAGUCGACAGAUCAAUGAACCCUAAAGCUCUGAGGAUGGCUCGAGCUGUUUGGCUGUAUUACAUUUGUAAGCUGAUCGAACUCUCGGACACAGUAUUUUUUGUUCUUCGAAAGAAGCAACGACAAAUAUCAUUUCUUCACGUAUGGCAUCAUGCUAUUAUGACUGUUACAGCUUGGAUUGGAGUCAGAUUUUUCCCAGGAGGUCAUGUAACUCUUCUUGGUCUCAUUAACUCAUUUAUUCAUAUUAUUAUGUAUGCAUACUACAUGUUAUCUGCGUUUGGCCCACACAUGGAGAAAUAUCUUUGGUGGAAAAAAUAUCUGACGAGAUUACAACUUAUUCAAUUUUGUAUUAUAUUCAUGCAUAAUAUUCAGCAUUUUUGGUUAGACUGUGACUUCCCCAAAUCACUUGCUGGAUUGUUGUGCUUCAAUGCAGGGUUUUUCAUUUAUUUGUUUGGUUCAUUCUAUGUGAAAAAUUAUUUAUCGCCGACAUCGCGCAAAGUUCAAAAUAGUAAAUCGAUUCAAACUCCAUCUACUACUAAUGAAAAAAUCGACUGAUCAGAAAAUCACUGAAUUAUACAAUACUGCAUAUCUCAAUAAUAAAGCGUGACCUCACGCUCGGAUGUAGUGAAAUUUCGAAAAUUUUUCUACAUUUUACUAUGUAUGGUUAAGAAAUAGUUUAAUUAUUAAAAUUCAAUUAAUGAGAUACAGGCAACCUCGGUAACUUUGGCCUAAUCAGGGCAAUUUAAACUUCUUGUAAAGUGUAUAUUUGACUUUGUUUCACCAUGAAAUGUAGAUAACAGGAUACUAAACUGACUAUUGGUUAAACCGUUAGAAAAAAUAGUAUUUAAGUAAUGGCUAAAUAUUAUUUUUUAGGACCAACAUUGUUAUCCUGACGAAAGAAAGUUACCCGAAUUGACUGUUCCUUAUAUUAAAAUUAAGUCAUUAAAAUUUAUAAUUUUAUAUGUAAUAUGUCUAGAUUUUCAGAUGAAAAAUCUCUCAACUUUCUUUUAGGAAUUAGUAUUCAUUUAAGGUUUUCAUACACAGAAAAAAAUAAACUUUAAAAAUUAGUGUUUGAAAUUAUAACCCCCCGAGUCGAAACACAAAUUCUCGUUCAAUCCUCAAAAGCCUCAAUUCCUUUGAUGUUUUAUCUGCCGCCCAGAAAGUAACUCUACUUUAGUACUCAAAAUCCUCAAUGAGAACUAUGAGGUCUAAAUUUUGAAUUAUAAGUAAGACCUCAAAAUCCUCAACGAAUGAAAAGUUAUGUUUCGGACUUUUAAGAAUUUUAGAUAGAAAAGGGAGAGGAGAGAAUACGUCGAAUGAGACUUUUGAUGUUCAAAUGGGGAUAAAAUGAUUUCUGUACGUUUUGAGUAUUUUGAGGCUCUAAUCUAGAUUAUGUUAUUCCAGUUCUCAAAGUGGUAAAAUUGGUCGUAACUGCUACUUUGAGGACUAAACUAGGAUAGCUUUCUAUACUGUUGUCGAUCUCCAAAUUCUAAAUUGAUCCUCAAAAACUUCAUUGAGAACUUUGAGACGUAAAUCCGAAUUUGUUUUUUGACUUGGGCCGGAACCUGAGUGUGAAUAUAGGGAAUUUUAACAUUCCAAACAAUAUAUUUUAUAAUACAUGUCAUAAAUUUGUUAAGUAUCAGUUACGAUUUUUAAAGUUCAAAUAUCAAUUUUUCUUGCAUAGACAAUAAAUUUUAAUACUUAUCAAAUAAUUAUUCACGUUUUAAUUAUAAAUUAAAGAAUUAAUAUUUAGAAUGAUAGUAUUUACUGAUCACUUUAUUAUGACAUUACUUGUCGUUUCUUAAUUUAUAGAGUCAUGUUGGGCAAGUGUGCGCAUACUUGCCUUACAUGAUUAUAGUUCAUUUUUUUCCGUAUAGUCACAACGGUAAAAAUAAUUUGUUAUUACCAUAAGUUAUUUCAAGGUGAAAUGAAAUGAAUCAGUUUUCGGUGCAAUUUCCAACAUAUAAUUAACUUAAAUUUAUAAUUAUAAGUAUCAUUGUACGUAAAAGUCAGUAUGACAUAGCAAUAAUCGUUCAUUCAUACAGCAUUAAUGAAUAAACUCAUCUUUUAGAAUUCAUGUCAUUAAUUUCUUUAUUUAUAUCAUUUGAUACAAAUUAUUACAGAUUAAAAUUAAUAUUUUGACAAGAUAAAAAAAAAUAAUUUCUCCAUCUAUUGAACAUGAUCUUUGGACAAUGUGUAUAAAAAAAAAAAUCAUAGUUUUUUUGUUAAUUUAUUUUUUGUUUUUAGAAGAGUUAAUUUUUUAACGGUUCAAAUAUAAUUAGCAAUAUUUUUAUAUUAACAUUUAAAAGAAGAUUAAUUUUUUUAAAUUACUUGCACGUAUUUAUUUUACAAGGGGUAUACAAAUUCAAUUUAUUUUUUACUAUUCUAAUUUUAUAACUAGCAGUAAUGUAUUCAUUUAUAAUUUACCCCCGAAAAUUUUAUGGAAGUUACAAGUAAGCUUUGCUAUUCAUUAAUACUGGAAAUGUAGUCAUUUAGUUAACUAACGUUCUAUUUGUGGUAAUAACUUAAAAGAAAAAUAGAUUUGAUUCUUACCCUUUUACAAUUUUUUUGUCGACUUUAAUUAUCCCGGUCGUAUAGUUUCUGAGAAACAGUUUGAAAUCAUUGUUUUUUUUAACACGGAUUGAUUAUAAACAAUUAGAAAGUCCCUGGCCAUUUCUAUUCAGAACUCGAAUCUAACUCAUUCCGUACCAAUUGAUAUACCAUUCAAAGAUUUUCAACAUUCUUUCGAUGUGUUUUUGUAAUCCUAUAGUCCCUUUUCUGAGCUAACUCCCUAUCCAAAAAUUCCCAUAGAAUCCACUCAAAUGCGACAAAAACCGCAUAGAA